GCACGAAAGACGACUCAUCAUGGACUUUUGACACCAUUUUGUAUCUCAACAACAGGCCUUCUUCUUGUCCAAAAUUUCCUUCAUCACACAGACGUCCUCCACCCCUCCAACUUUACCAGCGUUCAAGCGUGUUUUCUACCUGGCUUCACCGCCCCCAGCAUUCAUUCACUGCCAUCCUUGUCCCCGCAUUUCAGUCAAAUUAUUCAAAUGCUCGACAAAGUCAUACAACUUGGGAACCCUUGAGGCUCGUGUGAGGGAUUGGUUGUGAUCUAUCUCGACAACAUGGCAGGCACUCGCGGUUCCGUUCAUGCGAGUAUCGCGGCACUGCUCAACAAGGUCGGUGACCCUGACCCGGACAUUCGUUUCAUGCAACUCAGCGACCUGGCGAGCAUCCUCUCGUCCCCUUCCUCGGAGUACAUACGCAACGAAAAUCAUACUGUUGCGAGAAUAAUCGAUGCUCUGCUCAAGGCUCUGGGCGAUCAGAACGGCGAGGUGCAAAAUCAGGCGUUGAAAUGUAUCGGUCCGUUGGCAGCCCGCACACCGGGCGACAUCAUUGCUCCCUUUAUCGACAAACUCACCAAUCUGACCGACAGCGACAUCGAUGUUUCAAUCCCUAACACCGCCCUACGAACGCUCAUUGCAGCGUUGCCUCAGCCUCAAUCGAACGGAGCUCCUGCCCAAGAAGUAAAAGAUUCAUAUGCAGCCAUCAGCAAGGUUUUAAUACCCAGACUAGUAGGACAUGUUGUUUUGCCAACAUCAAAGUCGCCUCCCCAACUACCGACCGGUCUGCUUGAAAAACAGAAGGACAAGGGCUACAGCGCCGAAGCCGUCGAUGUCAUGAUCGAGAUUGUAAAGUGCUAUGGUUCGAUGCUGCAGGAGCUGGAAUUGGUCGAACUUGCAAAGACUGUCAUGCACAUUAUCGAGAGUCCGCAGGCAGGCGGUGUUGUCAAGAAGAGAGCUUUGGCUGGUGUGGGUGCAUUACUCGUACAUUUCAACGAUAUGCAGGUCAGAUCCUUCGUCACGGCGCUCAAGGAUAGCUUCGAGAAUCAACAACUCACCACAGAACAUCGGAGAUUCCUCAUUGCUACCAUCGGCACCCUUGCACGUUCCAGCCCUUCCAGAUUCGGCCCCUACCUGAACGAUGUGGUAGCCUAUGUGCUCCAGGUAUUGAGCCAGCAAGAGAUGUCGUCCUCAGCAUCGGUUGAUGACGAGGACAUGGAGGCGGAUACCGAGACCGAGGAAUUACGAGAGGCAGCAUUGAUCUCGCUGGAAUCCCUCCUAGGAUUCUGCCCCACCGAAAUCCAUUCCUACCUUCCUGAUGCUAUUGAUGCAGCCUUGAGAUAUCUCAAAUACGAUCCCAACCUGGCGGCAGUCGAAGAUGACGAGAUGGCAGGGACGCAGGAAGACAACUCAGAUGACGGCAUUACCGAGGAACCUGCAGACGACGAUGACGACGAAUAUGCAGAGCUGGACGACGAAGACGCAUUUAGUGAUGUGGAUGACAUGAGCUGGAAAGUCCGACGAUGUGCUGCAAAGGUCUUGUACACCAUCAUCUCGGGAGCUUCGGCAGCAGACAGAGGCCUUCUUUUUGAAAAGAUCGCACCAGUCCUCAUUUCUUGCCUCUUCAACGAGAGAGAAGACAGUGUCAGACUGGAAGUUAUUGCCGCAACUACUGCUUUGAUUCGCAAAACAGGUUCCGCUUUGAUUCACGAACUCACACGGGUUGAUUCGUCUGAAGACCCUGCUGCACCGACUAAUACCCGGAAGCGGAGAAGACAAGAUAGUGAGGCAGAUCGAAAAGACCCAGACCUGAAAGGCCUGGUUGCCACACGGUCCAGUCCACCUAUCAUGCCUGCAUCACCUCCGACCGGCUCCCAAGCAGAAUUGGUCGUACUCGUGCCAAAGAUUGUCCGGGCACUCUGUAAGCUAUGGAAAAAGGCUAGCAUGUCGCUCAAACAGGCAUCUAUUACCAUGCUCAAGACUCUUACUUCGUCAAGAAAUGGUAUCCUAUCCGAUCACCUACAGCAGCUCGAAGAUCCAAUUGCCGAUGCACUCAAGCCAUCAAGCGCUGCUGGCUCAGGGGGAACUGGAUCAGGAACAUCAGCAACUGUUUCCAGUCUGCAGAUAGAGACCUUGAUUUUGAUCAGCACUAUUGUGGAAACCAAUGGCACCACUGCACUGAUACCCUUCGUCAUUGCCUUGAUACCACCAGUCACAACAGUCGCUCGGGAGAGAAACUACAAAGUCUCAAGUGAAGCACUUUCCACCAUUGAGCAAUUCGUCAAAGCUCUGACACCUCCUCGACUGGCUACCUCUAGUCAAGAUCAUGCUAUACAUAUUCAGAAGCUAUGGGAGGUUGUUGAGAAUCGAGUGGCCGACAACAACACUGACCUCGAAGUACGUCAUCGAGCUAUCCAGGUCUUUGGCGUGCUUAUCGCAAGAACAUCUUCCACGAAUCUUCUACCGGGUGACGCACGUGUCAAGAGUCUCGGUAUUCUCGAUGACAGAUUACGAAACGAAACGACAAGACUUGCCAGCGCAAGAGCCAUCGGUCUUAUUGGUGAGGCUGCAGGCGUUCAAGAUAACAUCGGGACUGCCUGGAUACAAGAUGUUUCACUUGAGAUGGCAAAUCAGCUUCGCAAAGCAGAUCGAGCUCUUCGCGUCUCGUGCUUGGAGUCAUUACAAUAUCUUGCCCUCAACCCCGUCACAUCUUCACAAUAUGAUACGAACACAAUAUUGCAGCUCCAGAGCUUGUUGAUGCCUUUGAUCUCAACCAGCGAUCUACACCUUCUUACUCCGGCAUUGGUCAUCCUAUCGAAGAUUAUCCCAACGAAUGCAAAAGCCCUGGUGAAUGAAGAAGCCGUCCAUGCUCUUUGUACCAUUACACAAGCCCGACUCGAAGGGCCACCUCUACGAGCAUAUCUUCUAGUGGUGAAAGUUAUUGGUGAGCAUGGUGUAGGCGCUCCACUUAUGAAAGGCCUUCUGGCAAUAGGUACGGCUGGUGAAACAAUGGUGCUUGGAAGAGCGAUUGGAACUCUAUUGGUCUACGGAGGUGACAACCUCGGUGUCACGAUAUCGGAUUUCCUCAAAGAAUUGGAAAUAUCCCAGGACAUUCGAGCCGUUUGCCUUGCAUUGACCGUCCUGGGCGAGGUCGGCUUCAGAACGGGACCUCAGUCUCCAGUUGAUGUACAGACGUUUAUCAAAUGUCUGUCGGCUGAAGCCGACAAGGUUCGACUCGCUGCUGCUGUGGCCCUCGGAAGUGCCAGCUCGAACAAUGUCAGCCAAUCGCUGCCGAUCAUUCUGCAAAGCCUGAAGCAAGACGACGGGCAGGAUUAUCUGUACCUCCAUUCCCUCAAGGAGAUACUGGAGCACUCCGAAAACUCUCCGGGAGAGCUGGCUCCUUUCGCAUCUGAGCUCUGGCAAAAGUUAUUUGCUGUGUCACAGUCAGAGGAUAACAGUGCUGUUGGCGCCGAAUGUAUUGGCAGACUUGCGACCAUUGACCCAGGUAUCUACGUGCCGGAGUUAGCGAAGUCACUGGAGGAUCCCAACCCUGCUGUUCGAGGCACGGUCAUUUCCGCCUUCAGAUUCACUCUCGGCGAGACAAGUAAUUCAUACAACAAUCUCCUCGUUAAGAUGAUGACGCCUAUGCUGCAGACCAUGCUGAACGACUCCGACAUCGCCAACCGUCGUCUUGCCGUCACCACCCUGAAUGCAGCUAUCCACAACAAGCCCGAACUUGUCAUUCCUGAUAUCGGUCAGCUUUUGCCUACCAUCCUUGACGCUUCCUGUAUCAAGAAGGAGCUUGUGAAGACGGUCAAGAUCGGACCGUUCACGCAUCAGGAAGACGGAGGUCUGGACCUGCGGAAAUCCGCAUAUGCCACUCUCUACGCUUUGCUCGACUCUCCUGGCGCUAUCCCACACCUACCUAUUGCCAAGAUUUUCGACCGUAUCCUGGAUGGAAUUCCCGAUGACACCGAUAUUCGUACGCUGUGCAAUCUGAUGCUCUCGCGUCUCUCGGUGAUUGACCCUGACGAAGCACGUCGCCGCCUCUCUGCUCUCGCCGAGAAAUUCCGCGUCGUUCUCGGUGCUAAAAUCAAAGAGAAUGCCGUCAAACAAGAGAUCGAAAAGGUCAAUGAAGCCAACGCUGCGGUGAUCAGAACAACCAUGGAAUUGGACCGAAAGUUCCCAUCCGCGAGCACUGAGGUCAGUGGAGAUUUGGUGGCUUGGAAAGGAUACGUCGAGUACGUGAAGAAAGAGUUUGCUCAGGUCGUUCGCAAUGUGCUUGCCGAGACUGCUUAGUGGGCCUACAUGUGGUCGGAACAUGUGGUCGAAACGCGUGGUUCCAACCUGUGGUUGAAAUGUGAUGACGAUGAUGACUAGUCCUUCCAGAUACCUACCUAGGUAUGCAUUACAGCGUCGUGACUGAAGGAGAGGCGGAAGGAGAGACGGAAGGGUAGAUAGACACAUCAGCGUGGCAUUCAUGGCGCUGGGCAUGCUUGAAACGUGUAUGAAAUUAAGGCGGUGUAGUGUAGGUUCCAAAAGUCACGGGCUCCGUUCAAUGAUGGGCAAUAUUCACAACGAGACCAAAAGCGUCUAAGUUAGAGAGCAGAAGGAAAACAAAGCCCUUGGAAGCAAAUCUCGGGGGAUC